AUGGAAUCCUCCGACUCCGCGUCCGCCGCGACCUCCGCCCCCCUCCAGCAAACCACGCCCACUACACCGAUAACAACAACCGGCCAAAGCAACCAAAACGAUGGCGCGAAUACUGAUUCGAUGGUGACGGUUCCUCUGUCCGAAGUGCAGUCUGAUUCCGAACACACCCAGCCUGAAUGGCGCUUGCUCAACAUCCCCCAAGCACCCGCCGACCCCGUGUCACCAACCCAGAGCGACAAUGGCGCCAAAUCCGACGCCGGGAAUUCCUCCAGGCGAUCUCAAUGCAGUGAUCGAGGAAUGGAUGACGAGGUCGAUUGGGCUGAGCUGGACAGAACCGAGGAACAGGAACCGCGGGGAGAGGAUGCGGAUGAGUCCACGGCUCUACUCCUAGCGCGACUCGAACAGGAAAACAACGCGUUGGCGACAAAUCCCAAAUCCGGCCUAUCCUCGCACACCAAAAAGCGAUCGCAGUCCCUCCACCACAUCAAACGCCUGAUCAAGGACGAUUCGCGACGUUCAUCCAUCCGAUACUCCCAGCUUCCUCCCCCUCCCAUGACCGAACUCGAGUUCUGGGCCGCCUUGGUAUCUGAUUAUCAUCAGACCGCCCAGCGUCUCCCGACCUUGACAACCAACAAGAUCCGGAGCGGAGUGCCACCUCCGUUGCGAGGGGUCGUGUGGCCCAGUUUGGCUGGCGCAAGAGACCAAAACCUACUGGUUGAGUACCAGCGACUAUGCGGGGAGAGUAGUCCAUAUGAGGGGCUGAUUGGGAAGGAUAUUGGGCGGAGUUUUCCCAACGUGGAGAUGUUUCGCGAUCCCAAUGGUGAAGGUCAGCAGAUGCUGGCGCGGGUGCUGAAGUGUUUUAGUCUUUACGAUACCAAGAUUGGAUACUGUCAGGGUCUGGGGUUUGUCGUGGGUCCUCUCUUGAUGCACAUGACAGAUGCAGAGGCAUUCUGUGUUUUGGUUCGACUGAUGGAGCAUUACAACCUGCGGAACUGCUAUCUCCCUGAUCUCUCCGGUCUACAUCUUCACGUCUACCAAUUUCAGAACCUACUUGCCCGCCAUAGCCCGACCUUGUUUGGCCACCUCGAGUCACUCCAUGUCGAACCGGUUUACGUGUCGCAGUGGUUCUUGUCGUUCUUUGCAGUCGCCUGUCCGUUGCCUAUGCUGCUCCGGAUCUACGAUAUCAUCUUCCUCGAGGGAGCCUGUGAGACGUUGAUGCGAGUUGCCCUGUCUUUAAUGCAGCGGAACGAAAAGAGGAUCUUGGCCUGCACUGAGUUUGAGGACGUCAUGCAGCUUCUGCUGUCGCGAAGCUUGUGGGAUACAUAUGCCUGCCACGCCGAUGAUCUGGUCAACGACUUUGUCUCCCUCACUUCCUUAGUCACCAAGGAAAGCCUGCAGACCCUGGAAGCCAGUUACAACCAAUCCCAAGGCGUCCCAACCGGCAUCUCAUUCCCCCAGAUGCAGCAGGCGGCUUCCCGAUUCUUGGGCCGAUUCUGGGCCGGCUCCAACGGCAGCACGCACAAUUCCGUCAAACUCAGUCCUAACCGCAUCAGCACAUCUAACUCGUCAAUCCGCCGCUCGACAUCGAAGCAGAGUAUGACUUCCACCCUCAACUCAGUUGAGUCUGCAUCCGAUGCCAGCACAGCCCCGACAGAGCUGUCCGCCGAACCCACACAGAAACCGCGUGCGAAAUCCGCCAUGACACCUCACAAGGACCGCGACUUGCAUACGCAGAUCGAGGACUUGCUGAUGGCGCUCAGUGACCUGCAACGGCAACACGCAGACCUCAGUCGGGAUCUGCAACUGGAGCGAGAAGAGCGCGAGGAGGACCAAUCUCUAGCGAAAUCGCUGCUGCACCAUGUCAAGGAGCGCUCAGGCGAUGAAGAAGAUCCUGCAAUCACAGAACUCCUCACCAAAGCAGAAGAACGCUUCGGCGCAGCAGACAAUACCACCCCCAAGCCCGAAUCCGCAACAAACGACCAAACAAAGCAACAGCUUCGCGACGAUCUCCACCGCUGGAAAGAAAUGCACCAAGUCGAAUCCAGCCGCUGCCUAGACCUCACCCGCCGCAUCGACGAACAAGAACAAGAAGGCUCUUCCCUCCGCGAACAAAUCCGCGAAGCACGCAGCCGCAUCCAGGACGGCUACCGCGACCGCCAACGCCUAGAACGAAUGGUCCGCGAACUGCGCUCCAUAAAAACACCUAUUUCUGAAAAACCACCCGAAACACCAGUCGACCAAACACCCUGGUCCCCUGCAAGUGACCACUCCCCGACAAGCGGUGGCCUGCGCGAACUAAAACUGGUCCGCAGCAAUUCCCAGAAAACAACCCGCCGCACAUCAACAUUCAGCAAGCGCUCCAGCAGUCUGGGCCUGAAAACCGUCCUCUCAACGGAGAACAACGCCCCUGCCCCCGAGGAAUCCCUGCUUCUCGAACUCGUCAACGCCAAGACAGCCGAGGCCGUCGCUAAGCAGGAACUCGAGGAAGUCAAGGGCAAAAUGGAAUCCUUACGCAAGAUGGUCAGCGGCCAGCAGCGGUCGUCUGGCGAGUCACGCUUAUCCUUAGUAUCAGGUGUAGGCACGGGGCCGGGGAUUGCGAAGGCGCAGACUGAGCCGGUGAAUUCGGGGGGAUUCUGGGGGUGGGGACGGCGUGCGGUGUCAGGGAGUCAGGGGGAGGUGGAAGCUAAGUGA